AUGAGGUCGCUCCGUUUUAUUUCUGCUGAAGCCUUGGUGUCCCACCCCAAGCUGGCCGAGGAGAGCCUGGACCAUAUAGCCUACAACCUCUACCCACUCCUAUUCAAGGCCAGUUACCUGCUAGAGCAGGCAGAAGUAACCCGUGCUGUGCUGAGUCACUGGCCCCUAGAGGAGUUCCGGCUGGCUGUGCUGCUGGGGCCAAACACUGACCACCCUGAAGACCUACGUGAUCGUGCCUGCAAGGCCUGCCUGGAGGCCUGUAUGCAGGGCCUCGCUGACCAUGUGCUGCAAAGUGGGAGCGACCGACUUCGGGUAGCUGAUUUCACAGGCAUUCAGGAUGUACAGGUGCAGCAAUGUCCUUGUGGGAGGGCACUAGGAAGGUGGGGCCGUACUAAGGUGCUGGCCAGGACCUGCUGCCAGCUCCAAGGACAGUCCUGUACAGCUAGGCACCCCAUUGAAGUCUUUGCUGACCUCUUUGUCACAGAAGGUAACUUUGACAUGGUGGUGCAGGCCCUGAAGCCAGCAGGCCCAGCCCCUCUGCGGGUCUGCUGCCCUUCACUCCGGGCAGAUAGCCUGAGCCCUGGGCAGCUCCUACAAGUGCUUGGCCUAGCUGGGCCAAGCAAGCUAAGAAAGUUGGAGGUAGUACACAAUGUACGGUUGCAUGCUGGCCAUGUACAGCAGCUACUGGCCCAGGUGGGCUUCCCUCAACUGACCUCACUCACCUUACCCACCAAGGCCUUCGAUGCACCCCCCACCUAUGCCCUAACUCCAGAGGGUGAGGAUCGCCUCCUCACCUCUAUUGCCUGGGAGCUCAGCCGGAUGAACCAGCUCACCGAGCUAAGUGUAGCUUUCUCUACACUGACUGGGAAGAUCCAAACAUUGCUUAGUCCCUUGAAGACCCCACUAAGAGUGCUGGACCUAGCCAACUGUGCCCUUAAUCACGAAGACAUAUCCUUCUUAGCAGAUUGUAAGCACACUGCCCACUUGGAGGUGCUGGACCUUAGUGGACACAACCUGGUACAUCUGUACCCUUCUACCUUCUUCAGGCUGCUGAGCCAGGCUGCCCAAACACUGAGAGUACUCACCCUAGAGGAGUGCAACAUCACAGACAACCAUGUUGGAAUGAUGAUUCUGGGCCUCAGCCCUUGCAACCAGCUCCAGGAGUUCAAGUUCCUUGGAAACCCACUGUCAGCCAGUGCUCUCCAGCGCCUUUUUGCUGCACUCUGUGAACUCCCUAGGCUGCGUCACAUUGAGUUCCCAGUGCCAAAGGACUGCUACCCUGAGGGUGCUACCUACCCCCAGGAUGAGCUGUCAGUGUCCAAAUUUGACCAACAGAAAUAUGACAUGAUUGCAGAGGACCUACGAGCAGUACUGCUUCGAGCUAACCGGGAGGACAUCCAGGCCUCCACCCCUCUUUUUGGAAGUUUUGACCCAGACAUUCAUGAAACCAGCAAUGAACUUGGUACUUUUUUGCUGCAAGCUUUCAAAACUGCUUUGGAAAACUUUUCCAGAGCACUAGAACAAAUGGAGUAGGUGCUAGAACCAUGCUAUAAGAGC